GUGUGUGUUAAACAUCCAGAAUAACGUCAGCGCUUGGAGAGCCGCGCCGUGCGUUUUGGAGCUGUGCGUAAAGACGGUUCCAACAGAAAAUGUGCGCUUUUUUCUCCACAUUUGCUGCUCUUUUUUGUCCGCUAAAGAGGAGUCCGCUCCACUAACAGGACAUUAAACCUAUUUAUAACUCUCACAGCAAGCCCCUGGAAAACAUGGACCCUCUGUACAACGCCACGGAUUUGAACGGCACCGGGACUAACGGCUCCGGUAACGGCACCGACGGGAACCAGUUCGUGCAGCCAGUGUGGCAGAUCACUGUAUGGGGGGUGUUUUACUGCAGCAUGGUGGCGGUGUCCGUGGUGGGAAACAUAGUGGUCAUCUGGAUCAUUUUGGCACACAAACGCAUGAGGACGGUCACCAACUACUUCCUGGUGAACCUGGCGUUUGCAGAGGCGGCGAUGUCUGCCUUCAACACGGUCAUCAACUUCACCUACGCCGUGCACAACGAGUGGUACUUCGGUCUGACCUACUGCCGCUUCCACAACUUCUUCCCCAUCGCCGCCAUCUUCGCCAGCAUCUACUCCAUGACCGCCAUCGCUCUGGACAGGUACAUGGCGAUCAUCCGGCCGCUGCAGCAGAGGCUGAGCUCCACAGAGACCCGGCUGGUGGUCCUGGUGAUCUGGAUGCUGGCCCUGCUGCUGGCCUUCCCUCAGUACCACUUCUCCUCCACCGCCUCGCUGCCCGGACGCACCGUGUGCUACAUCGACUGGCCCGAGUACAGCGGGGUGGACUUCAGGAAGGUAUACUAUGUGUGUGUGACCGUCCUGAUCUACUUCCUGCCCCUUUGCAUCAUGGGAUGUGCGUACACCAUCGUGGGCGUCACCCUCUGGGCGAGUGAGAUUCCCGGAGACUCGUCCCAGCGCUACAAAGAACAGCUGAUCGCCAAACGCAAGGUGGUGAAGAUGAUGAUCGUGGUGGUGUGUACCUUCGCUAUCUGCUGGCUUCCCUACCACGUCUACUUCCUGCUGCACCAGUUCUUCCCCGACCUGUUCGAGCAGCGCUACAUCCAGCAGGUGUACCUGGCCAUCAUGUGGCUGGCCAUGAGCUCCACCAUGUACAACCCCAUCAUCUACUACUGCCUCAACAGCAGGUUCAGAGCGGGUUUCCAGCAGGUGUUUUGCUGCUGUGCGUCGACUGUGGGUAAAGAGGAGCUGGAGCUCAAGUCACCGAGAUACCUGCAAACACAGAUGAGCAUUUUCCGAGCCAGUCGUUUGGAGGCGGCUGUUUCCACUUCCGUCCCGCCCCCAGCGGCCGAGAUAAAGACGGUGUAGCUCCGGUGGAAACACGUCUCUCUGGCUCGCUUCAUCACUCAGCAUGUGAGCGACACUCGACCCACAGCAUUCUUGGGCUGGUUUUGGAAAGCGUGAGCCUCCUCUUCCCCCUGGCAACAGAUCCAGUGUGUGUGUGUCUGUGUGUCUGUGUGUCUGUGUGUGUGUGUGUGUGUGUGUGUGUGUGUGUGUGUGUGUGUGUGUGUUUCCCACCUGUUGCUCAGGAUUAGCCUCUUGUUUUGACAAUGUGUCUGCAGCAGUUCCAGUCUGCAGGUCGCAGGUCAGAUAAAUAUAGAAGAGGAGGCAGGGAGACAUACAUUUAUAAAGUCCUGCAGGAGAGGAGAACACGUGGAUGCGUGUGUGUGUGUGUGUGUGUGUGUGUGUGUGUGUGUGUGUGUGUGUGUAUGUGUGUGUGUGUAAUCUGAGUACAUCCAGUCUGCACGAGAGGACCAAACAUCAUCGUGCUGUCGGCUUCAUGCAUUGUGAUUUGAUGACAGUUCUGACGGGUUGCAUGAGGUGUAUAUCCAUCCCUACAGCAGAGGGCAGUCUGCACACACUGCCGCAGCAACAUGUGUUCUGGAAGUGUGUACGGUAUAUUUUACUCAUGCUUUUCCUUACUGUCAGAGCCCUUCCUGCUCUCUUCGAGUCACCAGACCGUUCGUUUCUCUGAGUUAUUGUGUGACAUGACUCAUGCUGAACUUACUUUGCACAGCCACAUAAAAACAAACCGACAUAAUAAAGUUACGAGCAGCAGCUCUGUGUUUCUCCGAGGUAAAAUGGUGGCUUCAUUUUUGUUAGUUUUGUUAAAAAUAAACUUCUGUUUGAAUAAGUUCCUGAGACAAACCAAUUUCAAACCAUCCCUUCAUCGUGGGGUUAGAGAAGCACUGAUGGUUCGUUACUUCCAGUUCACUAUUUUAUAUUCAGUGUGCAUUUCUAUACAAACAUGAGGCUGUGUCAGUGUUGCUGUGAUGGUGUGACUUUAUAAGUACUG